CAAAACCCUACUCAUCUUUCCCUUUUUAUCACACUACCUCACACUUGCAGCCCUUCUCAGUCUCAAGCUCUCAGGCAAAUCAGCAACGCCGCAGAUCGAAAAAAUCACCGGAGAAAUGGGAGUGUUCACUUUCGUGUGCAGAAGCUCCGGCGAAGACUGGACGGCUAAGCAGCUCAACGGCGAGCUGGAGGCUUCUGCGGGCUCCACCUUCGAGCUCCAGCGCAAGCUCGUCCAGGCGGCUCUCUCCUCAGACUCAGCCGGCGCCGUCCAGUCUUCCUUCUCUCAUGUCACCCCUUCGUCCGGCGUGUUUCAGGUGAUCAUCGGCGGCUCUGGUGGCGGUGGCUUUAUCGGAGGCGGCGGUGCAGCUGCUCCGGCGGCCUCCGGCGGUGGUGCGGCGGCUGAAGCACCUCCGGCCGAGGAGAAGAAGGAAGAAAAGGAAGAGAGUGAUGAUGACAUGGGAUUCUCACUUUUCGAUUAGGUUUUUUUGUCACUUGUUGAGUUUUGUAGUCUUGGUUUCCGAAUGUUGUUACCUUGGUGAAAACUUUAAGGGUUUGAUAUAAUUACUGAGUUGUCGGUUGAGUUCUUGAUUUGUGAUCAAACAAACUGCAUUUUGUCUUCCCUAGUGUAUGAACGCUGUGUUUGAACUUUCUAGAAGGAUUCUGUGUGUUUCUCUUUUUUCUGUCCAAGAAUGAGCUGAACUACAACUUUGGACCAUAGAGCUAAUUUAUUGGCUCGGCUUAAUAAAGGCUUUAGCCGAGCUCGAAUAUUGGGAGUUCAAAGCUUUAGCCGAGCUUGAAUAUCGGGAGUUCGAAAAGAGCUACGUUUAUAGUUAUCAGAGGUCAUAAAGUUAAAUAAAUGACAUAAACAUGCAUUUCAUGUUUAUAUUUAAGAAAAAAUGCUUAUAAAUUGUCAUG